UGUUAUUAAUCUGUUUUCUGGGCUCAGUUUAGGGCAGAUAUGUAGCAGCUAUAACGCACCCACGUUUCCGUUUAGAAGACGUGUUGCUACGUUUUGUCGGGGCUGAUGAUUCAGAUGAGUCAUGUCUCACGGGAAAGUAACAAUGUGUUUGUCCGUUGUUGUUUUUUGCAGUUUUGCUUUAACGUCGGCAGUGAGUCUAACAGAGUCGGAUGUGGACCCCUGGUACGUUGCUGCUGUGUAUGAGCACAACGUAAUCCUGAACCCGGAGCCUGAUGUCCCCCUGUCCCGCCUCGAUGCCCUGCAGCACAUGCAGAAAAACCUGGAUAUCUACGAGGAGCAGGCUGCCCGGGCAGCCCAGCAGGGGGCCCAGAUCCUGGUGUUUCCAGAAGAUGGUCUUCAUGGUUUUAACUUCAGCCGUUCGUCCAUCUCUGGCUACCUAGAAACCAUUCCUGACCCCCAGCAGGAGAGCUGGAACCCCUGCACAGAGCCGGGCAAAUACAACAACACUGAGGUUCUCCAGCGACUGAGCUGUAUGGCCCGUCGUAACAACCUCUACCUGGUGGCCAACAUGGCUGACCUGCAGCCCUGUCCCCUGAAAACGGACCCCUCCUCCUCCUGUCCCUCUGAUGGACGCUGGCAGUUCAACACCAACGUGGUUUUCAGGUCUGAUGGUCUGCUGGUGGCUCGCUACCAUAAACACAACCUCUACUUUGAGGAGGCCUUUGAUACACCACCCCAACCUGAGAUCAUAACAUUUGAUACACCUUUUGCUGGAAGGUUUGCCAUCAUGAUCUGCUUUGACAUCCUGUUCCACAAGCCCACAGUUACCCUGGUGGAGAAGGGUGUACGUCAGCUGGUCUACCCAACAGCCUGGAUGAACCAGCUCCCCCUUCUGGACUCAAUCCAGUUCAGCGGGGCAUUCAGCAAAGGUGCCAAUGUCACUGCUAGCGGCCAACAUCGUAACGACCGACUGAACAUGAGAGGAAGUGGUAUCUAACCUUUUUCUGCUACCUACCACCAGCAGAAAGGAGACCCAGAGGAGGGCAGGAGCUGGUGGCCAGGGUUGCCAGUCUUAGACACUGUGGGGGAGCAGAGUGUAACUACAGAUGAGGGGGUAGUUAGGAGUGAGACCACAUCAUCUACAGCUACAGAAUCUGGAUUCUGUCACCAAGAAAACUGUUCUGAUUCUCCCCCUCCUGAAACUGAUUCAUCAGUUCCUCCCUCCUCUGCCACCUUCAUCUCAUCCAUGAUGUAUGACCCAUUUACAUUUGUCCUCUUGAAUGAGACAGAGGGCGAUGUGAAUGUGUGUAAUGGAACCUUUUGCUGUCACCUGCAAUACCGGCGGUUACAACAUGGAAGCAGUAAAGAGCUCUAUGCAUUGGGGGCAUUUUCUGGAACACACACUGUGAACGGACGCUACGCCCUCCAGGUGUGUGCACUAGUCCGAUGUGCAGGUUUGGACGCCAGUUCCUGUGGACAGGAAGUGGAAGAGGCUGAGUCUAAAAUGGACUUCCUGUUGGAGGGGAAGUUUGGGACCAGAUACGUGUACCCAUCAGUUUUGGCUAGCAAGAUGGUCCUGGAGCAGCCAGAGCAUCUGGAAACAGCUGCAGACGGCAGAGUGACCAUGAAACACUCAAACAUGACUGGUGGCCUGGUCACUGCCUGUCUGUAUGGACGAAUGUAUCACCUUGACAAUGAGACGGAACCUGUCAUGGACCCCUGGUACGUUGCUGCUGUGUAUGAGCACAACGUAAUCCUGAACCCGGAGCCUGAUGUCCCCCUGUCCCGCCUCGAUGCCCUGCAGCACAUGCAGAAAAACCUGGAUAUCUACGAGGAGCAGGCUGCCCGGGCAGCCCAGCAGGUAUGGUCAGCCCUGUCCCCUGAAAACGGACCCUCCUCUCUGUCCCUCGACGGACGCGGCAGUUUCAACACCAACGUGGUUUUCAGGUCUGAUGGUAUGCUGGUGGCUCGUUACCAUAAAAACAACCUUUUUCUCUUUGAGCAGUCCUAUGACACGCCACCCCAACCUGAGAUCAUAACAUUUGAUACACCUUUUGCUGGAAGGUUUGGCAUCAUGAUCUGCUUUGACAUCCUGUUCCACAAGCCCACAAUUGCCCUGGUGGAGAAGGGUGUACGUCAGCUGGUCUACCCAACAGCCUGGAUAAACUAUCUCCCCCUAAUGGACUCGGUCCAGUUCCAGCGGGCAUUCAGCAAAGGUGCCAAUGUCACCCUGCUAGCGGCCAACAUUCGUUAUGACCGACUGAACAUGAGAGGAAGUGGUAUCUACACCCCUUUUUCUGCCACCUACCACCACGCCCAGAAAGGAGACCCAGAGGAGGGCAGGCUGCUGGUGGCCAGGGUGCCAGUCUUAGACCCACUGUGGGUGGAGCAGAGUGUAACUACAGAUGAGGGGGUAGUUAGGAGUGAGACCACAUCAUCUACAGAUACAGAAUCUGGAUUCUGUCACCAAGAGAACUGUCCUGAUUCUCCUCCUCCUGACACUGCCUCAUCAGUUCCUCCCUCCUCUGCCACCUUCAUUUCAUCUAUAAAUUACGACACAUUUACAUUUGUCCUCUUGAACGAGACAGAGGGCAAAGUGAACGUGUGUAAUGGAACCUUUUGCUGUCACCUGCAAUACCGGCGGUUACAACAUGGGGGCAGUAAAGAGCUCUAUGCAUUGGGGGCAUUUGCUGGAACACACACUGUGUAUGUACGCAUCGGCCUGCAGGUGUGUGCACUAGUCCGCUGUGCAGGUUUGGAAGCCAAUUCUUGUGGACAGGAAGUGGAAGAGGCUGAGUCUAAAAUGGACUUCCUGUUGGAGGGGAACUGGUCACUGCCUGUCUGUAUGGACGAAUGUAUCACCUUGACAAUGAGUGAACUGGAGUAGAUACAAUUUAAAACAAAUGUUCUGGAGCAAUAAUAAAGUGAGCUGCAUACCUCUUAACAUUAUAAAGCACGACUUCCAAGAAUGGUCUCAUUCAUACACAACCUGCAAUUAAUCAAAAAGAAAUCUCUUUUUGUUCAUUACUUAAUCCGUACAAAACACUGAACCAGUAGCAUACGUCUGCUAAAAGUAGCUUGUUCCUUAAAAGGCAAAUUACACACCAACACAACACACACACACACACACACACACACACACACACACACACAACACACACACACACACACACACACACACACACACCCACACACACACCACACACACAACACAACACACACACACAAACAACACACAAACACACACACCCACAACACACACACACAUUACAGCAUUGCAAGUUAAAAGUUGAGCCGCCCAUUGGCUGAUCAAUCAGUCACUUGAUCCAUCAAUCAAGUGACUGGACCAGUCAUACAGUAAAUGGGUCUUACAUCCACCUGUUGUCCUAAACAGCUCCCAAUGAUUCAGUCCACUUGGAAUAAAUUCAUAGGAUUCAAUAAUGACUUCCUCUCUAAGGAAUUUAAAAGUGGUGCAAUAACAAUGAUGGAGCAUCACCAAAGUGCGUGAGUGACAGCCAUCAGUGUCUCCCUUCAAAGUUCGAAGAACUCUGAAUAAAAACUCAAAUGUACAGUUGAAAAAACGAAAAUAAAUCUGUGUCCCACGUGAUUGUGCCUCUGUCUUUUCUUUAGACAAUCGUACAGAAAAAAACAGUCCUCUUUUCUCCAGUAGAUACUCUUCUAGUAAUAUUUGAAGGAAAAAUUGUGAAAAGUCUUAAAACCACUU